GCCAUUAUGGUGCCACUGACUGAUGAACUGUGAACUGUCACUUACGCGCACUCAUCAGCUGAUCAUCAGAAAAGUGCGACUAGUGACUUCACUGUGUUACGAAAAGUGUUUUGAUGCUUUUGCGAAAAUUUUCUAGAAGAAACAAUAGAUCGAUUGAUUGAUCAUUAUUCUCGGAUAGAUGUAAAUCUACGGAUAUCGAUAUAGUCUUGCUGAGGACGCGCAUAAAUAAAGAACUGUGCAACUAUUUCUUAAAUAUAUACUUCGCUUUAUCGAGCUAUCAAUAUGCCAAUUUUAUACAGUGUGGUAGCUCGUGGAACAAUUAUAUUGGCGAAAUAUGCUGCUUGUGUUGGUAAUUUUGAGGAGGUUACAGCAAAAAUCUUGGCUAAAAUACCGCCAGAAAAUGAUAAACUGACAUAUUCCCAAGGGCCUUAUCUUUUUCACUAUAUCUGUGAGGACUGCAUUAUUUACAUGUGCAUUACCGACGAUGAUUUUCAAAGAUCUAGAGCAUUUUUAUAUCUCAAUGAAAUUAAGAGAAGAUUCUUGGCUGUUUACGGACCAGGUGCUCAAACUGCCGUAGCAUAUGCUAUGAAUACAGAAUUUGGCCGUGUUUUGGCUAAUGAAAUGAAACAUUAUAGUGAAUCCAAGGAUCUUGAUAGAUUGUCCAAGGUUCACGGUGAACUAGAUGAACUUAAAGAUAUUAUGGUGAAAAAUAUUGACAAUAUAGCGAUGCGUGGGGAACGGUUAGAGCUACUUGUAAACAAAACGGAAAAUCUAUCUGCCAAUUCUGUUACCUUCAGAAAGACGAGUAGAAAUUUGGCGCGUUCCUUAUUCUGGAAAAAUGUCAAGAUCUAUGUUAUUGUUGGUUCAAUUUUGAUUGUUGUAAUAUACGUAAUUGUCUCUAUAGCAUGCGGAGGUUUAGCAUGGCAAAAAUGUGUGGGAAAUUAAUGUAUAUUCAUGAUGAAAUAUUUCAAUCCCGAGUAAAUAAAAGUGGAUCGAAGAAAAAUGCGUGGAAAUUUACGAUUAGUACGAGACUGCCGACGAUAAUUAAAU